AUUGACUUAUCCCGAAACUCGCAGCAUCGCCUUGCGCAAUACAGAUCACUGUGUGACUAUCUCCUAUGUGGCUUGCUUGAUGAGGCGCAGCAUGGGGAUGACGCUAGCGCGAAUGACUCAUUUUUGCUCACUGUUUGUGCCUGUGGCCCUAAGCUCGAUUCAGACAAAGACUCAUUUUCCGCGAAUGAGCCCAGAUAGUGGAAAUAUACAUACGUAUAUAUAUCGAGAGUUCACGAGAUGCAGUAUAAGUAUUAAUUCCAGCUUACCUGUCUUAUCCAAUUAUACGUCUCGUCUUUCCUAGUUCAUUGCAUUCUCAGAUACCCAUUUCCCUUUUCAAUUCUUCCACUUCACCAGCAAUCAUUGCGACAAUCACUAUGGCGGCAAUUGAAGAAGCUUCACGCCCGAUCGCCAUCACUUCGCAGGAGACGGCACUAUGCAUCAUUCCUCCAAUAGAAAAAUGCAGCGAUAUCGACCGGCUACGAGAACUAUACGACAGAGCCCACGGCAAAUGGCCGCCGCAUGUCAAUCUAAUUUAUCCUUUCGUGGCGCCAAAAUUGCUUCCGCAGGCACAGCAACGAAUUCAAGCUCAUCUCAAAGAGCAUUUAAAGAACGCUGAGAAUCUGGGAGUCAAUUUAGACCAAGCCGGAUUCUUCAAGCAGCGAGGCAACAGUACAAUAUUUCUCCACGACAGUCAGGGCUCAAGGGAAGGACCUUUGGCAACGCUCCGCUCGUUGUCUCUACGAGCGCUCAACCAGCGGGACUCCCCAGCAAACUUCCAUCUCACAAUCGGACAAUCAGAGGGUAGUAGCGAGUCUUCGCGAGCAUUCUUGUUGGCGAAAGCGCAAUUGCUUCCAGCUCUAGAACUCGACGUCGGUACUCUGGCGAUUCUUGUUCGGCAAAAGUCUGGUGGUGCGAGUUCGUCGACGCAGGGGAUGAGCUUGUGGGGCACAAUCGACAUCCCUGGUACACAGCAGACAUGGAGACCUCAAGAUACGGACUAUUGGCUAAGUCAGCCGAACGUCGCUGUGACUGGGAUCAACCUUGAUAACACAGAUAGUAAGGGCGACAAGACUGUGUCGCAAGCCAUGGAUCACGGAGUACAACCUGGCAGAACUCGCCAUUUCGAUGCUACUUCUAAUCGGUGGUCACUAGCGACGGAAACCGUUAUCUCCCCGGACAGGCCAAGCAAUAUGACUGUCUCCAGCUACAAUGUACUAAUCGAUUCGGAGUACCCACCUGCGAGAGACCGAGAUGUACUUCUCACGACCACAAUUCUCUCCAAUACAGCCAAAGCGGAUAUUCUAGUCUUGCAAGAAGUAUCUGAUGAUUUCCUGUCAUAUCUACUGGGACAUGAUGAAGUGAGGCAUGAAUAUCCAUUCGCGUCGCAUGGCCCGCCUAAUCAGUCGGAUGUCGGACCGCUUCCCAGCCUGAGGAAUAUUGUCAUUCUGAGCAAGUGGUUGUUCAACUGGAGUUUCUUAUCGUUCCAACGCAAACACAAAGGCGCUGUAGUAGCAACCUUUGAGUCCGUCCCUGGAUCAGAUAAGAUGCCGCUGGUCGUAGCUGGUGUCCAUUUGACGUGCGGGCUAACUGACGGUACUGUCGCAGCGAGGAAAUCACAGCUGCAGAUUCUGUUCAAUCGCCUCUCUAAGCAUCAUAACGACAGUGCCUGGGUGGUUGCCGGCGACUUCAACAUCCCCACGUCUUCACAUACUCUCGACACGGCCAUCAAGGACGAGAGCGUUUCAAGCCAGACUAUAGCGACACUCUCUAGUUUUGAAAUGAUGAUCAGCGAUGCGGGUCUAGUCGACACAUGGUCUGUUGCUCGCAUCGAAGAGACAGAUGAACUGAGCGCGCAUAAAGAGGAGGACCUUUCCGAAGGCGAAGAAGGCGCUACAUUCGAUCCGCGCAACAAUGACCUCGCCGCUGCUACCUGCGGUACACCGCUCGCCCGGCCUCAACGAUACGAUAGAAUCCUCGUUCGUUCUCAGGGUACGCUGCGCGUUGGCGGAUUCAACCACUUUGGUGUACCGCAGAAUGUUGAUGGCACGCAGAUAGUCGCCAGUGAUCACUAUGGGGUGAAGGCUACACUGCGACUCAUCGAUCCGAAGGCCGAAGUAGCUGACCAGAGUGACGAGCUCAGCAGUUUUCUUAUAGAACACAAACGUGCAGUCGAGAGCAUGGCAGAUUCCAGGGAUAUCAUCUCUGCACUAGAAACGCACGCCAUGUUUCCAAGCGACGACGAAGCACAUCAGCGGCAUUGUGCUUUGUUACUUUUGAAGCAGACUAUACUCGAAACCACCGACGACCACGUCUCAGCUGUGUCUGCCAUCCCGAUGGUCAUUGUUCCAGUGGGCUCCUACGCUCUGGGCGCGUGGACGUCAACUUCAGACAUCGACUGUCUGUGCAUUGGAAGCAUUAGCUCGAAGACGUUUUUCAAGCUUGCUCGUCAGCGAUUACACAAAGCGGAGAGUGCAGGCAUACGGAUUUUGAGGAAGGUGGAGGCGGCUACUGGAACGAUGCUGGAGCUGUCUGUGAACGGUGUUGCUAUGGACUUGCAGUAUUGUCCUGCUGCGCUUAUCGUUGAGAGGUGGUCUGAAUUCCGCAACAUACCGCCAUCCGACCCGAUAUUCAACCUUUCCAUCCUCUCCUUACGGAAACUCAAACCCUACCGAGACCUCCUCUACAUCCAGCGAACACUACCCUCUCUCUCCGCGUUCCGUCUCGCAUAUCGCUGCAUCAAACUCUGGGCCACACAGCGAGGUAUCUACUCAGCCAAAUUCGGGUAUCUCGGCGGCGUACACAUCACGCUCAUGCUGUCGUGGGUGUGCAAGCGACUUGGGCAUAUUUCAGGCUCUGUCACGGCUGCAGACCUCGUCGCCAGUUUCUUCCACCACUACGCGCGGUUUGAUUGGGCGAAUGAAAUGGUGUUUGACGCCUUUUUCCACAAGCAAAAGCCGCGCUAUCAUCGCUCGCAGAGGGAGCCUGUGGUUGUGCUGGGCUUCCACGCGCCGAACUCGAAUGUGGCUCAGACAGCUACACUGCCGAGUUUACAGAUCUUGGUUAAGGAACUUCAGGUUGCUGAUCAGCGGUUGGAUGAACCCGGCAUGACGUGGGCGACGUUCUUUGGGGAGCCGAGUAGCUCGGCGGGUAAGAUGGGUUACGCAGCGGUUGAGUUCCUGCAGGCACAUGAUAGCUAUGUCAAGGUUGACAUCCAAUUCUGGGGCCGCACACUGGCUAAAGGUAAAGGGCUUGUUGGGUGGGUUGAAUCGCGAAGUAUUUCACUCGUCGUUGACAUCCACAAAUCGCUUCCAGACCUGCAAGUCCGCAUGUGGCCUGCGCGCUUCACCGAUAACGAGCAGCACGAGUCCGACGGGAGCACCGACUACCACGGCUGCUACCUGAUCGGCCUCAUGCGGAAUCCUGAUGCCGCACCACUCAACAAAGAAGAGCGACAGCAGUCCAAACAAACCCUCGACAAGACUCUCGAUCGCUUCGUCACCCAGCUGAAAACAGACGAGAAGAACUACGACGCAGAUACAUGCUACAUCAGCGCCUCGCUCGCGCGCCCCAGCGCAGUCCAAGCCAUACACCUCGACGCCCGCGAAUGGGGCUCCUACGCCGCCGACACGGACCCAGACUCUGACUCCGACGACGAUAUAGACGACGUAGACGACGAAGCACCCACCGAGCCCAAGCCACGCUCCCGUACCAAACCCACAUCUACAUCCACACCCGUGUCGAAUUCCAAACUCCGCCCAGCAGCCGACGUGCUGAAUCGACUCAGGUGGGACCCGCAUCUUGACGCUGGCGAGUACGUGAUUGGGUAUGAGGAUCGGUUCUUGGGCGCUAUGGAGAUCGGGCUCGAGAGGUGGAAGACAGAGCAGACGGAUGAGGAGUUUAUCCCGCUGCAUCGCGUGCUGUAUUUCAAGAAGAAGGGCGGAGAGGAGGGGAAGGGGGAGGUUGUUUGGGAGAGGGCGACGAGGGUGGAUCGCGUGUUUGGGAGUGGGGUUGGGGAUGGAAGGGGUGAGGAUGAGGUGUAG